AUGAGUGCCGACACCCAGCAGGUCCCAGCGGGGGCCCAGCUGGCCGGGGUGCCCCUCUGGACCGUCUCCAGCUGGGCCUCCUCCGAGGUGCCCCCCAACAGCAGCCUGGGCUCGGGGGAGGCCGGCCGGCAGCAGGGGCAGGCGGAGUGGGGCAGCAAAGCGGGGGAGGUGGUGGGGAUGGUGGUGAUCCAGUGCAUCUACGCCCUGGUGUGCCUCCUGGGGCUGCUGGGCAACUCCUUGGUCAUCUUCGUCAUCCUGCGCUACGCCAAGAUGAAGACGGCCACCAACAUCUACCUGCUCAACCUGGCCAUCGCCGACGAACUCUUCAUGCUCAGCAUCCCCUUCGUGGCCACCUCGGCCGCCCUGCACCACUGGCCCUUCGGGCGGGCUCUGUGCCGCACGGUGCUGGGGGUGGACGGGCUCAACAUGUUCACCAGCGUCUUCUGCCUGACCGUGCUCAGCCUGGACCGCUACAUCGCCGUGGUGCACCCGCUGCGGGCGGCUACCUACCGCCGGCCUCGGGUGGCCAAGAUGGUCAACGGGGGCGUCUGGCUCCUCUCCUUGCUGGUGGCUUCUCCCAUCCCCGUCUUCGCCGGGACGGCGGCCACCCGCGACGGCCGGGCCGUGGCUUGCAACCUCCUGUGGCCCAGCCCCGCCUGGUCGGCGGCUUUCGUGGUCUACACCACGCUGCUGGGGUUCCUGCUGCCGGUGCUGGCCAUGGGGCUCUGCUACCUGCUGAUCGUGGGGAAGAUGAGGGCCGUGGCCCAGCGGGUGGGCUGGCAGCAGCGCCGGCGCUCCGAGGGCAAGCUGACCCGCUUGGUGCUGAUGGUGGUGGCCAUGUUCGUGGUCUGCUGGUUGCCUUUCUACGUGGUGCAGGUGGUCAACCUCCUCCUGCCCGGCCGCCUGGACGCCGCCGUCAACAACGCGUCCCUGAUCCUCAGCUACUCCAACAGCUGCGCCAACCCCAUCCUCUACGGGUUCCUCUCCGAAAAUUUCCGGCACUCCUUCCACGGGGUCCUGCGCCGCUGCCUCGACACCGGCCCCUGCUGCUGCCACCCCCGGCGGGGAACCUCCCGGGAGGAGGAGGAGGAGGAGGAGGAGGAGGAAGAGCCCCUCGACUACUGCACCGCUCCCCGAGGGGACGACAAAGGCAAAGGCUGCAUCUGCCCCCCCCUGCCCUGCCAGCAGGAGCCCCUGCACCCCCAGCCCUGCUGCAAGCCCCCACCCCUCCUGCCCAGGACCACCGCCUUCUAG